UCCCCCUGUUGUGUGUUUUUAUUAUUUUCCCUCUGGCUUAGAUGUGUCAAUCAUUCUCUCCCUGCCAUUGGUUGGAGAGUUUGCGUCAAAAAGUUGCCAGAGAGGCGCUUUCUCAGCAAAUCUCCCCGAGAGCGGAAGCCACCUCAGCUCCAACUCAGCCUUCCACUGUUAUGAAAAAUAAAAAUCGCUAGCACAGCCCUCACUCACCACGUCUACUCUGAUAGCUGGCUAUUUGGAAUUUUGGAGGAUAAUUUGGUUUUUUUGCCUUCUAACCUCCAAUGCGGCUAUAAGUUCCUCCACGCCAAACCCACCCACCCACUAAGGACCCUGAACCUGUCCAUCCCAGGUGAAUCGAGACCUUCUGGCUGGGUUCCCCCCAUUUGGGCUGACUUUGCGCCUCCAAACAACCUUAGCAUGAUGUCUUAUCUUAAGCAACCGCCUUACGCAGUCAAUGGGCUCAGUCUGACCACUUCGGGUAUGGACUUGCUGCACCCCUCCGUGGGCUACCCGGGGCCCUGGGCUUCUUGUCCCGCAGCCACACCCCGGAAACAGCGGCGAGAGAGGACCACGUUCACCCGGGCUCAGCUCGAUGUGCUGGAAGCGCUGUUUGCUAAGACCCGGUACCCAGACAUCUUCAUGCGGGAGGAAGUGGCUCUGAAAAUCAACUUGCCCGAGUCCAGAGUGCAGGUAUGGUUUAAGAAUCGAAGAGCUAAGUGUCGUCAACAACAGCAGCAACAACAGAAUGGAGGUCAAAAUAAAGUGAGGCCUGCCAAAAAGAAGACAUCUCCAGCUCGGGAAGUGAGUUCAGAGAGUGGAACAAGUGGCCAGUUCACUCCCCCCUCUAGCACCUCAGUCCCGACCAUUGCCAGCAGCAGUGCUCCUGUGUCUAUCUGGAGCCCAGCUUCCAUCUCCCCACUGUCAGACCCCUUAUCCACCUCCUCUUCCUGCAUGCAGAGGUCCUAUCCCAUGACCUAUACUCAGGCUUCAGGUUAUAGUCAAGGAUAUGCUGGCUCAACUUCCUACUUUGGGGGCAUGGACUGUGGAUCUUAUUUGACCCCUAUGCAUCACCAGCUUCCUGGACCAGGGGCCACACUCAGUCCUAUGGGUACCAAUGCAGUUACCAGCCAUCUCAAUCAGUCCCCAGCUUCUCUUCCCACCCAGGGAUAUGGAGCUUCAAGCUUGGGUUUUAACUCCACCACUGAUUGCUUGGAUUAUAAAGACCAAACUGCCUCCUGGAAGCUUAACUUCAAUGCUGACUGCUUGGAUUAUAAAGAUCAGACAUCCUCGUGGAAAUUCCAGGUUUUGUGAAGACCUGUAGAACCUCUUUUUUUGUGGGUGAUUUUUAAAUAUGCUGGGCUGGACAUUUCCAGUUUUAGCCAGGCAUUGGUUAAAAGAGUUAGAUGGGAUGAUGCUCAGACUCCUGAUCAAAGUUCCAAGAGGCAUAGAAGGACAAAUGAAGGGUCUUAGAGGAGCCUACCAACCAGCAACGGAAAUGGACAAACCAAUCUACUUAAGAUCCUGUCAUAGUUUUAGAUCAUUGGUUUUCCUGAUUUCCAAAGUGAUCAAUUGAACCUUCUAGCCAUGUGCAACCCAACACUACAUUAAAAAAAAAAAAUCAAACAAAACUAAGUUGUGAGGGAAGGGCGGGAAGGCCAGAGCCUUCAGAAGCAAAGGUGAUCUAAUGUUUUAGCCAAUCCUUGGUUGAAUCUUAGAAAUGAACAGUGUCUCAAGCUCAUUCACGUUUCAUGACCAACUGAUAGUUGGCACUGAAAAACUUUUCAGGGCUGUGUGAAUUGUGCGACUGAUUGUCCUAGAUGCACUACUUUAUUUAAAAAAAUAAUGUUCAUAAGGAGUCAAUAUGUAGUUUAAGAGACAAUCAGUGUGUGUCUUAUAUAAAUGGUACAUCUGUGGUUUUUAAUCUGUGCUAGACUUCAAAACUGUGAUCUCCUGUUAUUGUAUGCAACCUUGAACUCCACCUCUGCAGGAGUUCUUCUGUGAUUAAAUAGGUUAUAAUUAUAAGCAAAAUUCAGAGCAACUGAAUACCGAUUUAAAAAGAUUACCUUUGACUGGAGGUGAGCUACACUGAAACUUUACAACAAAAUGUCUCUGGACAAGGAGAGAGAAGAGCAACAGAAGGACACUAAUUCACCUGUAAUUUACUGUUGGUAAGCCUAGCAGUAAAGAGACAUUGGUCAAUUGCUCUGACCCUGAUGAAUUUUUAAACUGAGAUCAUUGUCAUUUAUGUUUGCAGAUGUUAACUGGAAAAGAUUUAUGCAUAAACCUUCUUUUCCUUGGAUUUGGCAGAAAUGUAUAAUUAUAUUAAAAUGGUUCUAGCACAA